AGCAAGCUCACCCUCUCCGCGCACACACACGCACACGCCACGCAGUGGCUGCCACCGGGCAAUGCUGGCCAGGUGGGCAGUCACACUCCUCUCCCUGACCUGGAGCACCUACCGCAGCCUGGCCAUCCCCCGGGUCACAGAAUGUGGUCUCUCCUGUUCCCAGGGCUUCACCUGCAGGAACCACAUGAACCGGAACAUUUUCAACAGCUUCUGCCGGAACCCGCCCCCCUCCAUGUCCAGGUCAGUCCUGGAGGCUCUGAUGCUCUCCACCGUUAUGAAGUGUGCCCCCCAGGAUGGCUGCUCCCUGCUCCUGCGUGUUCACGCCUCCCUCACGCUGCAUGAGAGCCUGCGGGGCCUGGAGAUCUGCUCCAUGAGCCUGGACACCCAGGAGACACACUGUCACAGCAUGCGGGUCUCCAGGGCCUCCCGCCGGCAGCAGGUGGGGCAGCAGCUUCAGGUACACUUCGACUGCUUUGAGGUGAGCAUGGCCCAGAGCCUCUACAUCACCCUGAGGACUGUCCCCCACUUCUGUGGGGUCCAGCUGGACCAGCAGUACCACGUGGAAGACUGCAGAGACGAGGACGUGGGAAGGAAUGUGCCCGACUGCUUUGCGGAAAGACUGUCCUACUGGGUGGACCGCAGUCGCAAGGUCGUUCUGGUUCAGGUGCCCGAGGCCCCUGGGAGCCCUGACUACUACCUGCGGCUCUGCCUCAAGUGGUUCACUUGCGAGGAUGCUGGCGAGCCGGUGCGGGUGACAGCCAACAGUGUCUCCCGAAUGGUCUCUCUGCCUUAUAGCCAAGAGAUGCCGUGCCUGUGCCUUGAGAGCUGGCCUGCAACCCCUGAUGCGGUGCGGACCCAGACCUGCCCCUUUGAAGAUGACACGGAGGCACUGUGGGACGCCAUCCACUACCACCCAGGGAGCCAGGCACUGAGCUGGGAGCCCGCCUGUCCCGUGAGUGGCCACGUGAGCCUGUGCUGGCGCCCAGGGCCAGGAGCCCACUGCCUCGAGCUGGAAAACUCAGACCGGCCUGCACAUGGCAGGGUGCAGUAUUCCUUGGUGGACACCCAGCCCCAGCUCUGCCUGAAGUUCUCCACCAGCCUGGGCUUCUGGGUGAGGUGCCCUUUUGAACAGCCACGCUUCCCAGCCUGGAAGAUGACCAUCCAGUGGGCACCCUCUCGGGCCCACCUCCGGGUGGCCUUCUUCUCGCCCAGCCUCACAAGCUUCCAAGUGUGCCUGUGUCACCGAAGGAAGAUGUGGCCCCUUGCCUGUCACCGAACACUGCAGGCCACACCCCUCCCUCCAGCCUCAGUGAGCCGGGGUGACCUCACAACGGACCCUCCGGUUGCCUUCGUGGACAUUCCUAGGGACGAGGCCUGCAGGCCUGACACGUGCAUCCAGGGCUGGAGGACCGACAUGCACUUCUCCACCCCCCAGCAGCUGUGUAACCUCCAGUGUGGAACUCGCGAUGUCCCUUGGCCCACCUUUGCCCAUGCAGCCGCUGAGGCCCAGACUCCAGGGACCUCAGACUUAACAGAGCAGAGCUUUUCAGCCAAGUCUGGACCCCAUUUCCCUGCAAAGAUCACCUCCAGCAGAUGACAGGCCAAGUGAGGAUGGUCACUCCAGGUGCCUGUGUCUGAACUGGGGCUCUUGGCCCAGGUGGACUCCUCCUGGAGAUGGGACGUGGACACUGCCUCACCAGG